CCGGCCUCGUCUUGCGGAGGAAAGGCGGGAGGGCGCGCGCCGGGGCUGCUCGCCCGCUCCCUCGCUCGCUUGCUCGCUCGCUCGCUCGCUCCCUCUCUCCCUCGCUCCCUCCCUCCGCUGGCGGGUUUAGUCAGCUAGCCUGCAGCCCGCCAGCCCGGGAGUCGCCGAAGGCCGGAGCCUCGGACGCGGGCGCCGCCUCCUGCCAUUGUUCGUCGGGCUGAAGCUGCGGCCGGCGCGGGAGCCCCGGCCGAGAACCCCGGGGACAUCAUGACGACAGAGAAGAGUCUAGUGGCGGAAGCUGAGAAUUCUCAGCACCAGCAACAGAAGGAAGAAGGUGAGGGAGCUGCAAACUCAGGCCAACAAGAAACUCAGCUGGAGGAGGCUUCCCAAGGGGCCACAGCUGAGGGCAGUAAUCAGGGUGAACAAAAGCUGAAAGCGUCCAAUGGGGACACUCCAACACAUGAAGACUUGACCAAGAACAAGGAACGGACAUCAGAAAGCAGAGGCCUAUCACGACUGCUCUCCUCAUUCCUCAAAAGGCCAAAGUCGCAGGUCUCUGAAGAAGAAGGCAGAGAAGUAGAGUCAGAGAAAGAGAAAGGCGAAGGAGGUCAGAAGGAGAUAGAACUUGGAACUAGCCUUGAUGAAGACAUCAUUUUAAAGGCCCCCAUUGCGGCUCCUGAACCUGAGCUCAAAACAGACCCAUCUCUGGAUCUUCACUCACUAAGCAGUGUAGAUACACAGCCAGCUCAGGAAGAACACAGAGAGGACCCAGAUUCUGAAACGAAGGAAGGAGAAGGGAUUGAAGAGUGCUCUGGAACAGAGGUGAAAGAGGACCCAGAGUUGAAAGCAGAAGGAGAACCCGAAGCCUCCCAGAAGCCGGUCAGAAGACACAGAAACAUGCACUGCAAGGUCUCCCUGUUGGAUGACACAGUCUACGAAUGUGUAGUGGAGAAACAUGCUAAGGGACAAGAUUUGCUUAAGCGAGUAUGCGAGCACCUCAACCUGUUGGAAGAAGACUACUUUGGUUUAGCCGUGUGGGACAGCACAACCUCUAAGACAUGGCUGGAUUCUGCCAAAGAAAUAAAAAAGCAGGUCCGAGGUGUUCCUUGGAAUUUCACAUUUAAUGUCAAGUUUUAUCCACCUGACCCAGCACAGUUAACAGAAGACAUAACAAGAUACUAUUUAUGUCUUCAGCUUCGGCAGGACAUUGUUGCUGGACGUCUGCCCUGUUCCUUUGCAACUUUAGCCCUACUCGGGUCUUACACCAUCCAGUCUGAGCUGGGAGACUAUGACCCAGAACUCCAUGGUGUGGAUUAUGUCAGUGAUUUUAAACUGGCUCCAAAUCAGACCAAGGAACUUGAAGAGAAGGUCAUGGAAUUGCAUAAAUCAUACAGGUCCAUGACUCCAGCUCAGGCUGACUUGGAAUUUCUUGAGAAUGCCAAAAAGUUGUCCAUGUAUGGAGUUGAUCUUCAUAAAGCAAAGGACUUGGAGGGAGUGGACAUCAUCCUAGGAGUCUGCUCUAGUGGCCUUUUGGUUUUCAAAGAUAAGUUGAGAAUUAACCGUUUUCCUUGGCCCAAAGUGCUAAAGAUUUCUUACAAACGUAGCAGCUUUUUCAUCAAGAUCCGGCCUGGAGAGCAAGAACAUUAUGAAAGUACCAUUGGCUUCAAGCUUCCCAGUUAUCGAGCAGCUAAGAAAUUAUGGAAAGUCUGCGUGGAGCAUCACACGUUUUUCAGACUGACCUCUACAGACACCAUUCCCAAAAGCAAGUUUCUUGCCCUGGGAUCCAAAUUUCGAUACAGUGGCCGGACUCAAGCACAGACCAGGCAAGCCAGUGCCCUGAUUGACAGGCCAGCUCCACACUUUGAGAGGACAGCAAGCAAACGGGCAUCCAGGAGCCUCGAUGGAGCAGCCACUGCCGAGUCCACAGACCGAAGUCCUCGGCCCACCUCUGCCCCAGCCAUUGCUCAGAGUCAGGUCACAGAAGGGCCAGGGGCACCUGUCAAAAAAACACCAAAGGAAGCUGUGAAGGUCGAAGAGAAGCGGGGAGAAGAGCCGGCUGAGCCGAUUGAGCCGGAGCCCACAGAAGCAUGGAAGGUGGAAAAAAACCACACCGAGGUCACAGUACCUACCUCAAAUGGUGACCAAACACAGAAGCGUGCAGAAAAAGGUGAAGAUCUGAUAAGAAUGAGGAAGAAAAAGAGAGAGAGACUAGAUGGUGAAAACAUUUAUAUCAGACAUAGCAAUUUAAUGUUGGAGGACUUAGACAAGAGUCAAGAGGAGAUCAAAAAGCAUCAUGCCAGCAUCAGUGAACUGAAAAAGAACUUUAUGGAAUCGGUACCCGAACCACGGCCCAGUGAGUGGGACAAGCGUUUGUCCACACACUCGCCCUUCCGGACUCUUAACAUCAAUGGGCAAGUCCCUACAGGAGAUGGAAGUGUAAAUGGCAUUCGAACAGAGGAGGUGGCUACCGUGACAAAAGGGCCACCCGCCUACCCUGCCUCUGAAGGGGAGUGCCCCAAGCAGUCAUUAGUCCCUAGUCAGAGCCUGAUGACCACCCCACCAGCGUCUCCACAGAGCUUUGGUUCUGGCUUCCUCUCCAUAAACAGCAAGGAGGCGGACGAGAAGGAGCAGGGGGCAGCUGGCUAUCUUGAUGCUGAAGAGAUGCCAACAGGCCCAAGUGGGGAAUGUUUAGGAGUGGAGGGACAGGCCAGUGCGUUAAGUCUCCAAGUAACUCCAGCUCCCUGCCAGCUGCAACUCGGUGGGAAAAAGGCAGCCAAUAGCGAAGAGCCGGGUCCAGCAGCGGAGACCCUUGAGGCCCAGAGCGGAUCCUUUCUUGACUCUCCUGUGGGUAACCAGUUCCCCACCCUCAUUCGAAGUUUCCAGCCUCCUCUGGUGAAGACUCAAACUGUCACCAUCUCAGAUACGGCCAGUGCUGUGAAAAGUGAGAUCCCAACCAAAGACGUCCCUAUUGUCCACACCGAGACCAAGACCAUCACCUAUGAGGCUGCCCAGACUGAGGACAGCAAUGGGGACUUAGACCCUGGAGUCUUGCUGACAGCUCAGACCAUCACAUCUGAGACCACGAGUAGUACAACCACAACACAGAUUACCAAGACUGUAAAAGGUGGGAUUUCCGAGACCCGGAUCGAGAAGAGAAUUGUGAUCACAGGAGAUGCCGAUAUCGACCAUGAUCAGGUCCUUGUACAAGCCAUCAAGGAGGCCAAGGAACAGCACCCAGACAUGUCAGUGACCAAGGUGGUUGUCCACCAGGAGACCGAGAUCUCUGAGGAGUGAGCUCAGGGACUGUGCUGCCCUGUCCCCACCUGUCCCCAUUCAAGAGAAGCCAGCAUGUGAUACAGAAGCCAGCCUGCAGCAGAUUGCAGACUUUGAAGACUUUUCCACACCACAGAAAACCAACUUCAUUUUCUACUCAGAAUUUAUACCAAGAGACUCUUCUAGACGCCGGGGAUGUUCUCUAUAUUGUGAUACAGAAACUGUCAACUUUUCUCUCUGUGAACUGUUUUUAAGACACUUUGAUUUUUUUUAUGGGGUGGUUGGUGACCUCUCAACCUAGCCUCUCCUUACUCAUUUUCAACAAAGACCCUGACAGGAUCCACAGACUUCUCCAGGACCCUCCAGAGACCCUGCCAGCUGUUAGAGGACAGAGCUAGCUCAGUGGGACCUCCUGCUCCUCCCCCAGCUUCAUGCCCCAUGGAUGACACAAUAACUUCAUGCACCAGUGAAUGUCAGGCAGGGCAAAUGCCCUGGUCGCAGACCCCAGAAAUAGAACCUCCCACUGCAGGGUGUCUGAGGCAGAGCCCUCCGCUGGGCACGUGAUGUCACCCCCAUCUGUUUGGAGCUUCCUUAGGUCAAAGAAAUCAAUGGCUUUCCGUAGAGCUGAUACUGUGAACAUUUGACUGCAUCUGUGGCCUUCACCUCCCCAGCUGCCCUGUCCCUCAUUGGAAACAGCAGCUCCCCAGCUUCCAUCUCAGGAGACCGGAACUCAUGGAAAAAUUAGGCACUUCUGGCUGAAAGUGCCAGUGGAACAUUUUUAGUUGUAGUUUGGGAAAGAAAAGUUAAUGAGGUUUUAAAAAUCAGGUCUUGUCAUUUGGGGAGCUUGCUUCACCCAGGGGAGGGGCCCCUUUACCUCAGUGGGAUCCUGUUAAGGAGUGCUUCCAGCCUCAGCCUGGGCCCCCUCCCCCCUGGCAUGGUGAGGGACUUGGCUCAGAGAAGAGGUGCAUUCCAGGACCUUUCUUCAGGCCUGAGGAUGCCCUCUGGGAGCUGGGGUAUUUCCCAUCUCCUGGUGGCCAUCCCUGGUCAGGGUGGGUGUGAGCCAACUCUGCUCAUCCCUGCUCACUGCCCGAGGAGUCUGUCAGGUUUUGAGAGCUUGAUUUUAUGGUGGGUUUUGGGUUUAGUUUCCUUUUUCCUUUUUUAAAUAUUGGUUUUGAAAAGGGAGCCUGGUGUCCCCAAUUGGUAGUGAGAAUUUGGGGACCUUCUCUCCCCCCCAAACAGGGCCUCUGUAAUCCUCCAGCUAACUUCCUACAAACAUCUGCCUGGAAGAUUAGUAGAAUCCUAAUUCUAGGCUGGAAUGAACUUCAUGAGGCUUGACAGCAGGUCACUGGCAGCCGUGGCUUGGGGCUGGAGGGUAGUGAGCAAGAGGAAAGUCAGAAGCCACAGCAGCCUCUGGCCUCCCGGCUGAACGCGCUUUAUACAAAUUCAGCAACUAUGAACUGGUUUUGAGUGUGCAGUUUUCUUUUUGCUCUCGUGAGACUGUUACCAGUGGCAGCUUGCUUUAUGGAGGGGGAGCCCAGGUGGGAGAGGGCCAGGCUUGGGUUCCAUUCUCAGCAGUGAAUUGUAGACUGGGACAGAGCCAGAGAAGGCUGGGCUGCAGGGGGGAUUAGCAUGGACUCAAGCUACCACUCAGCUCUGAGAAGGAGGAGCAGGAGGAGCCUGCCCACCUGGCCCAUGCCAUCCCCCUCAGGACCUCAGAGCUAGGUACCUGAACUCUGGCCCUCUGCUGCCACCUCUAUCUGGAAAUUGGACCAGAAUCCUGAUGUCCCUCCAAGCCUCCUCCCCCUCCUUUGCUGGCUCUGGCAACAGAUCCUGGGAUAUGGUAAUUGUUUGGAUUUUCGUUUCUGCAGUUGUGUGUGAAGAACAGGCUCUGUCCAGGUAGAAGGAGGGAGGGGGAGGGGAGGCCCAUCUCCAGGGUCAGAGACUUGGCAGGACUUUUCCCAAAGUGACUCAGGCACACCACAGUAACAGUCCCAACUGCAGUUUUAUUUUUACUUCAGAAGUAGAUUUCCUUCAAACCACAUGAGAUCUCUGCCACCCACCCACAAAGCAAGCCCUAUUUUCCUAAGCCGAGGGCCCAAGGAGGCUGACUCCGGGGGCCCUCCCCCCAGGCCAGCAGUGUAUUCCAGGGUCUGGGGGCCCUGGCCCAUUUUGGGAAAUGGAACUGUAGCUACGGCCUGUCCAGCACCCCCAAUGCUCAUGGGAAAUAUCAGCCCCAGGCUGGUUGUUUUUACAAAUCUCUCUCAGAUAUAUUAUUUUCAUGACAAAAAUGAAGGAGCUUUGUAAAUUUUUUAAAAAUUAUGAAUCAUAUCAAGUAGUUGUUUACAUUUGACAAAAUAGGAACUAUGCCGGCAGAGUCCAACUGAAAAAUCCCUUAGGUGAGAUAGGCAGUAACUGGGCCUGCUGUCUGCGCCUUUCGUAGUGACAGAUGUGGCUGUAGUAUUUAGGUAAGUGUUUGGUCUUGCUUCUUGUAUGGCAUUUUUCAAUAAACUU